UGUGGGGCUACAGGGCGGAGAAAAGAGGGAGAGGAAACUAAAUAGAAAGGAAGGAGGUCCCACUUUUCGCCGAGCACGACAUGGAGAGAAGGUGAAAGAUUUUCUUGUAAGCCUCCAAGCAGCUCCCUUUCGAAGGCGCAGCGGUUUGCUGUUCGCAUCGCGAUAAACAGAAAGUGAACAGACCUGCUCUGUGUCAGGAUCGAGGAGAAAGUCAGGGCAAGUUUUUAGAGGAAACGAGACAUUGCCUGGCGGCAGCGAGUGCAGUUCUGCUUGUUCACACAGAGAGAAAGCGGGGAAAACAGAGACGGCUCUGUUGCGCGGAUUUUAAUGAAAUACAGCAGCUGUCUGACACACGCCUGCAACCCCUACCUACUCGGAGUUAGAUGCGUUUGACUUUAAGAUGCGGAGCGACCCCAUACUGUUCGCCUCGAGGGCGAUGGAGGAGUUGUUGGCAGAGUUGCGGGUCUUUUUGGAGUUGUUAGACAGAGAGUAUUUAACUGCUGGAGUGAGAGAGAAGAAACAGCAAAUAUUAAACAUCCUGCACAGAGUUCUAGCCACUAGAGAGCCUUCAUGUAAGACAGAGAUACACACCUCUCUCCCAGCCCCUCCUCAGAUGCCCCUUCCAGAGAUUCCUCACCCCUGGAUGCCUCCAGACAAUGGGCCUCCUCCCUUGCCGAGCUCCUCUCUUCCUGAAGGUUAUUAUGAAGAAGCUGUUCCGCUAGGCCCUGGGAAAGCACCAGAGUACAUCACCUCUAAUUAUGACUCAGAUGCUAUGAGCAGUUCAUAUGAGUCAUAUGAUGAGGAAGAGGAGGAUGGGAAAGGGCAGAAGAUGCGUCACCAGUGGCCAUCUGAGGAGGCCUCCAUGGACCUGGUGAAAGAUGCGCGAAUCUGUGCCUUCCUGUUGCGAAAGAAACGUUUUGGACAGUGGACCAAACUGCUCUGUGUCAUAAAGGACAACAAACUGUUGUGCUAUAAGUCGUCUAAAGACCAGACUCCACAGAUGGAGCUCCUCCUUUCUGGCUGCAGUAUCACACACAUUCCCAAAGACGGCAAGAAAAAGAAGCAUGAACUGAAGAUCGUCCAUCAGGGAGCUGAUGCUCUGGUGCUUGCUGUACAGAGCAAAGAACAGGCCGAAGAGUGGCUAAAGGUGAUGAAGGAAGUCUGCUCCAAUGGAAAUGGAGUGGUGGACUGUGACGGUGCUGGCUCUGGUUCCCCUAUUCACAAAGCAGAGCUGGAAAAGAAGCUGUCCUGCGAUCGACCCAGUUCAGAUGGAGAGCCCUGCCAUGAAAAUGGCAUCUCAGAUGGCAAAGAUCCAGCCAAAGGCAAGAAGAACUCUAAAUCAGAGCAGAAAGGCACUGUGGGACGUGUGACUGGAAAGAAGAUCACUAAAAUCAUAAGCCUGGGCAAGAAGAAACCAUCUACAGAUGAACAGACCUCAUCAGCGGAGGAGGAUGUCCCAACAUGUGGCUAUCUGAACGUGCUGUCCAAUAACCGCUGGAGAGAGCGCUGGUGCCAGCUAAAAGACAACCAGCUGUUGCUGCACAAAGACCGGGCAGAUCUGAAGACACACAUGGCCUCUCUGCCGCUGCGGGGGUGUGAGGUCAUUCCAGGGCUGGACUCCAAACAUCCCUUCGCCUUCCGUCUGCUGCGCAAUGGACAGGAGGUGGCUGUUCUGGAGGCCUCAUCCUCUGAGAGUAUGGGAAGGUGGUUGGGGGUCUUGCUGGCCGAAACGGGCUCCACGACAGAUCCUGCUGCAUUGCACUACGAUUACAUUGACGUAGAGACCACUGCUAAUGUAAUUCAACUGGCCAAGCAGUCAUUUUGCUUCACCAGUAAGCGUGCAGUUUCUCCAAACCCAUACCUGGAUAACCCAGUCAAUGGUUAUGCCUGCCCCACAGGGGUCGCUCUGCAUUAUGAUGAUGUGCCCUGCAUCAAUGGAUCGGUACCAGAUGCGCACUACUCCACCCCAGCUUCAGGGGACUGUCGUUGGAAAGAAGAGUCUCAUUAUGAGAAUACAGAUCUUUAUGAAAACAUGCCCUCCCCCAAACUAGCAGCACGCUACUCUCCCAAAUCCAUCCGCCCCUCAUCUUCCACAGGGCAUUACAACACACCGCUCUCCACCAAAUCUCUGUCCUCUUCCUCCUCUCCCUCAGCUGCUAAUACUAACACUAACCAGCUGAAAGGAAAGAAAGGCCUGACCACCAAUGGGUUCGCUGCAAAGCAGAAGUUGGACAAGAACCAGCCCAAAAAGGCCAAUGGAAUUAGCAGCACUCUAUCAGUGAAACGCAACAACUCUAGUGUGGAUCAGUAUAAGUACGGGAAAAACAGAGUAGAGGCAGAUGCCAAGAAACUGCAAGCGAAAGAGGAGGAGCUGAUGAAGAGGAAGCAGGAAAUUCGAAACCGCCUGACCCAGCUGAAAAAAGACAGGAAGGACCUCCGCACUGCUAUAGAGAACACCACAGGCAAGCGUUCUCAGGCAACUUUGACAGAGAGACUUAAGAAAGUGGAGGAUGAAUGCAAACUGAAAGAGGAGGAACGAGUCAAUCUGGAGCUGGAACUGACAGAGGUGAAGGAGAGUCUGAAGAAAGCCCUGAAUGGAGGCGUCACCCUGGGCCUGACCAUUGAACCCAAAACUGGCAGCUCCAGCCCACAGUCUCCAGUGUUAAUGAGGCGAACGGUGGACAACUCACCCAUCUCCAGCUGUGACACCAGUGACACUGAGACCUGCUCUCUGCCAGUCAACAGUGCGUCUCUGCUGCGCCGCCAGACACAACAGAAAGCCUCACCUGUGCGAGGACACGUCCUCAGGAAAGCCAAGGAAUGGGAGAUGAAAUCUGGCACAUAAGUUCUUUUCCACCAACUUUUCACUUUCAUUGUAUCUAUUUAUUUAAUUUUGUCCAUUUAUGAGUGAUGUUGAAAUUGAAUUGACUGAACCAUAGACACAAUUUUCCAGAAUGAAUUCUGGAAGACCUUGACUGAGUCUGGUGCCCAGUGCUGUUUUCUCAUUAUAGCACUAUCACUGGACAAUGCUCUGACUAGAGCUAUUAAUUUACAUUUAUUAUUUUAAUUCAAAGCAACUUACAAAUUAGGAAAAACACAUAAAUGGGCCUACGGCAAGGGCACAAUGCCUGAUUUUAGUAGUAAACUAUAACAAUACAUAUACACUAAUUUUCAAAAUUUGGCGGUCAAUAAGAUAUUUUUAAAGAAAUUUUCAGCAAGGAUGCAUUUAAUUAAUCAAAAGUAACUGUAAAGACAUUUAUAAUGUUACAAAAGAUUUCUAUAUCAAAUAAAUGCUGUUCCUUUGAAAUUUCUGUUCAUCAAAGAAUCCUGAAAAUACAAAUGCAUCAUGGUUUCCACAAAAUCAUUAAGGAGCACUACUGUUUUCAAGUUUGAUAAUAAUAAAAAGCUGACAAUUCAGCUUUGCCAUCACUGGAAUAAAUUACAAUUUAAAAUAUAUUAAAACAUUUAUUUUAAAUUGUAAUAACAUUUCACAUUAUUACUGUUUUUACUGUAUUUUGAAUCAAAUAAUUGCAGCCCUGCACUGUAAAAAAGAAUCGCUAGUUUAACUUAAAAAAGUAAGUUAUCUGGUUGCCUUAAAUUUUUGAGUUCAUAGAAAUUAAAAAUUUGAGUUAAUACAGUGAAGGUGAUUGGUUUAAUCCACAGAAACUCAAAAUAUUAUGUUAUCUGAACCACAUUAAUUAAGUUGAUUUGACAAAAGAAAAAAAUGUUGUGAUAAAUCAUGAAAAUAAUUUUUUCAGUGUGGUGAGCAUAAGAGGGUGUCAGUAGAGGAAAGUAAUUUUAUUAUGAUUUGUUAACAUCACAAAUGCAGAACAUCUUUUUAGUUAUUAUGGUCCAUAACUAACAAUCUAAAUAUUAUGCACGCAAAGCUCACUGGUCUCACUUAAAAGUCUAUAAAAGUCUGUUUCUUUCUUCAACAAGAAAUCAUUAAUGGAAGACAAGAUCUCCAAGUAUUUAUUUGUAAAUGUUUAAGUAAAUAUAAGCCUUUCUGUGUUUGUCUGUUGAUGUUUAGUAAUGCCUUUUAUUUGGCUUCACACUAGUUGUAGAGAGCAGCUUCAGGAUAUAUGUCUUAAGAUAAAUGUAAAUUACAGAACGUGAUCAUUCAAAGCUUGUUCUUUACAGAAAAAGUGUAAUCUGUAUGAAAGUAUUUUACCAGCGUCGUCUCCUCCUCGGUGUCUGGCCCAUUAUUUUCAAUCCAGUGGUCUGGCCAAACUUUUGGCUAUGUUAACAGCAGCCCAUGGGGAACAGGGCAGCUCAGGCCAGGGUGUGGUCCUCUGUUGGCUGACUGCUCUGGAAACUGGGUCUGAAAGUACAGCUCUUCCCCAUCCACUGCACUGAAACUGCAAUGCGUCAUACACUGACAGUUAUACAUGCACUGUAUGCUAACACAAAGAAGCGUGCAUAUGUGAAGUUUCAUUAUAGUUUGCAGUUGUUAUCUGUUUGCUUUCAAAAACCAACUGUUUGGUUGAACAAAAGUAUGUUUUUUGCAGAAGAUUUCAGGCUGUAGCAUCCUGCUUUGUUUUGACCACUCUAAGUGCAGCCACCUGACAUACUGAAAAUGGUGCUUUUAAGCAAUGCUUAAACCGUUAACUCCUCCUAAUUCAGCCAGAUCAUGGAGUCUUGGUGCUUAAUUUAGAUAUUAAUGAGAUAUUAAUGUUCAAGGCACAUUUAUAACUCUUUGUUUAUUGUGCAGUAAAGUUCAGCAUUUGAUUUGAGGCUACACAUUUUCUACAACAACACUACACGCAGGGUCCUGUGUAAAUAUAAUUCUACUUUUUUUCUACUUGGGCCCAUAGAUCUUUAGAGCUUUUCUUUGUCCAGUCAUUUUGUAAAAGUCAGCACUGGAUGAAACCUUGGUAUCACUAUAUUCAUAAAGGAGAAAUCUCUUGGAAGUUAUCGUUAUCUCCAGCUCACCAAAGUAGAUGAGAUGCUUCAGUCUUUCUGCACAACUGCUUAUUCUUUGGUCAGAGUGAUUUACUGAUUUGACACAGUAAAACUGUAAACCCUUUAGGUUAAGUCAGCUUUCAGCCUCACUUUGCAGAAAUAAAGGAAUGUGGAAUGUGAACAAUUUUGCUUUAAAUGUCAUUUUGCUUUGAGGGAGGGAGCAAAGACUCAAUUGUUUGUUUUGCACCUUAUGUAUUACUCAGUUUUAUUUUGCUGAUGACUGUUUGUCAACUUGACAACAAAAAUACUGUACAUAGAAAUAAUUAAACUGCUUUUAAAAAUGUG